GGAUUGCUGGGAAGAAGACGAAGGCUGUCGAGGUUGGGACUUUAGAGAGGGAGGUGCAAGCAUAGCUACUAUCAAAAGGAAUUAUCUGGUCAGGACCAGUGUCGGUUUGCUUACAUUAACAACACGGGCUGAGGCUCCUGUGUGAGCUUGAAGACAAGAGACUUCAUUCAUCUUCAUCACCUGCACUACCUGGAAACCAGGAUGGAUGAGGACAUCAAUGAGGACCGGGCCAAGCUGAAGCAGGGCCUGGUCAAAGUGCUUGAGUGUGUGGCCACCAUCUCCUCAGCAGCCGCCGUGGUUAACCCCAUUUUUGGCGUGGCUGGUUCCCUGAUCCGAGUGGUUUUGCACCAAAUCGAUGACGAGGAUAUUCGCACCCUGAAGCGCGAGUUUGGCUCAGUCAAUCGGGCGCUGGACCAGCUCUCCCAGCAGAAUCGCAACACGCUGGUACAGAUCAAAAAGGAAACGCUGGAUGGCCAAUACUGUCAGGUUGAGGAGAACCUGAAGAACCAGUUCAGAAAGUUCAUGGAGAUGGUAGAUGCACUGCCGAAGCACCGUACACACAAGAAAGACGACUUUGAGAAGAGCUAUGCCAAUGACUUGGGGGACCAGAAUCUGCACACGCUGUACGACGGCGUGGUGGGUAAACCGAAGCUCUUCAGCAGGCCCAUCCUGGAUGUCUACCUGAAGCACUCGCAAGGCGACCGCCGCACCAUGGAGCGACUCUGCACACGUCUCACCUACCUGUUCUGCAUCGGGCUCAUUGCCCUCAUGGGCUACGCUGCCGUCAUUGGAGAUGACGAGGAGAGCCUGAGUGAGGAGUGGGCUGAAAAGAUGGAGCAUGUGCAAGAUAAGAUGCAGGAGGCGCUUCGCAGGUGCAAAUGAAGAAGAAACAUGACGAGCUUUUUCCCUCCACUGCUGCUUUUCCUUCUUAUGUGGGCGUCACAUAUCCACAUUCUCUCUCACUCUAUCCUCUCUCUAUAAGCACUUUGGAAGCAUUUGUGUUUACUGUUUGAAAUCCCAUUCACAGUGUUGAGCACUAAUACGUCUCAUUUUCAAAAACACUAUUUGUCCAGACUUGGCCUUUGUGUUGCAGGCAUGUAGUUGACAGUUUACAGAUACAGAUUCAUCAAGCUGUGUGAUAAACCUGGGUAGCACUGUGGUGUUUAAAUUAUAGAAAAUGGGAUCUUUACAAUUAAUCAUAAGCCUACCUAAAGGCUAAAGUGUUUUCAUACAGAACAUCAGUCACAUAAAUAAACCAUGCUUUAACAUAAAUCUACCUAACUGUAGUGUGCGAUAUUACAACGUAUCUCACCCAUUUUGGAAAAUGUUUGCCCGUUUGUCAUCAUCUUAGGAAAUACAUGUAUUACACUACAAGGAAAUGAGUGUCACCCUGCUGUCAUGUUCACAUGACACCACUAGAGGGCCUCCUAUGAAUUCUGUAAAAUUAGGUAAGUUAAUAAUCCCGUUUUCAUUUUGCCAUUGUUGUAAUAACUGCUGUUAUUACAAAACUAAAAAGUUAGUAAAACCCCAACACAACACAAGCUGAGCUCUGAAGAA